AGAGGUGGUGAGGCCCUGAGCCUGCUUAAGGUCACACAGCAAGAGCCCAGGCGGCCACAGCUCAGCCGAGUCUCCAGCCCCUCCCCCACAGCACACAGGCCUCAGCCUCCAGCAGCUUGGGGCUUCCUCCACUCCACAUCCUCAGCUGUGGGCAGAAGGGAAGCAGAAAGCAGCAGAAGCCUCUCCGAGGAACACACCUCAGAAGAGCAGAUGUCCCAGGUGGGAUUGCUUGGAGGCCCGGGCUGGGAGGCAGGCCUGAAAGCUGAUCUCCGAGAGGGCGUGGCCCCAGCAUGCGGGCAAAUAAAAACCCGGAGCGUCGGCACAGCUGGAGACCAGCAGGAGGCACAGGAGACUGGAAAGCCACUUAGUUCCUGGGUCUUGGAAGUGAUGCCCAUGGCGUCCUCCCACACCCUGCUCCUCUGUCUGCUGGUCCUGGUGCUCACGGGAGGCUGGGGUCGACGGGUGGCCUUCCCCGGCUGCCACCUGCGCCCCUUCAACGUGACGGUGCGAAGUGACCGCCAGGGCACCUGCCAGGGCUCCCACAUGGCACAGGCCUGUGUGGGCCACUGCGAGUCCAGCGCCUUCCCGUCCCGCUACUCUGUGCUGGUGGCCAGUGGCUAUCGGCACAACGUCACCUCCGCCUCUCAGUGCUGUACCAUCAGCGGCUUGAAGAAGGUGAAGGUGCGGCUGCAGUGCGGGGGGGACCGGAAGGAGGAGCUGGAAAUCUUCACAGCCAGGGCCUGCCAGUGUGACAUGUGUCGCCUCGCGCGCUACUAACCCCUCUCCCCCAACAUCAGUGCGGUCUGGGGGUCCAACCCUGAGUUCCAGCCCUGCAGGGGACUCGCUGCAGGGCUCCUUAAGUGAGGGAUCCGGAUCCGCCAGGUCUGACCCGCUGAGAUUUGAGGGUCACCUGGGAAGAGAGGAGUCCCUGCCUCUGCCCGACCGCCUAGCCAGCCUCCUCGGUCACGUCCCCCUGUCCCCCCCCUAAAUAAAGCAAGCGGUU